UGGGACAACUACACGUCAUGAAUAUUUGAUUGUAUGUAAAGAAAGUGUAUUUACAUUUGAUUAAAAUUGUGGCAAUACAUAUAUAUGUUACACCUGUUUGUACAAUGAAUAUAUUUCGGUUGCUAUAAUGAUGAGCGUUGGUCAUGAAUUAUAUGAAAUUAAUAAAUGCCAAUAUGCUUUUCAAGGUCACAUGUCACAAAAUAAUGUGACGUGUCGUGUAUUUUCACACGCAUUGUUCACCGGUUGCAGGUUGGAGAGCGUAAAGACCUUGCUGGUUAAAACGAGAAGUAAAACUACAGAUUCUGAAUAUGUGUUGAUUCCGUAUUAAAAGAAGAAUAAUAAUGAGUACUCGUAAGAGAACUGUGACGACCCACAACGGCUUGGAAGACGGUGGAGUGGAUGGUUAUAUUUCAGGACGUGAACAUGUAGCCAGUGGUAACAUGAAAGGAGACGAAAAAAAUAUUGCUAUAUUAUUUUUCCUGUAUCUCCUACAAGGAAUUCCUUUGGGUUUAAGUGCUGCGAUUCCAAUGUACCUUCAAAACCGCGGCGUUAGUUACAAGCAACAGGCAGAGUUCAGUUUCUCCCACUGGCCGUUCAGCAUGAAGUUGCUUUGGGCCCCGGUGGUGGACUCGGUCUACUCGUCGUGGUUCGGCCGCCGCAAGUCAUGGCUGAUCCCCACCCAGUACCUGAUCGGGCUGUUCAUGCUCUACCUCUCCAGCACGGUGGAGGGCUUCCUGGGCGGGGACGCAGUCAGCCCAAACGUGUCCCUUCUCACCUUCUUCUUCUUCGUGCUGAGCUUCCUCGCUGCCACGCAGGACAUCGCCGUAGACGGCUGGGCGCUCACCAUGCUUAAAAGGUGCAACGUAGGUUAUGCAUCAACGUGUAACAGUGUGGGCCAGACAGCUGGUUAUUUUCUGGGUUACGUUGUUUUUGUGGGAUUGGAAUCUCCAGAAUUCUGCAACACUUAUUUACGCAGCACGCCGUCCACGGAAGGAUUAAUCACGCUUUCAGGAUUUUUGUAUUUUUGGGGAAUAGUAUUUCUCAUCACAACCACGCUAGUAGCUCUACUGAAGAGUGAGAAGUGCGGGGAAAAUUCAGGGCUCGAUGACCCCAACACCAGUGUCAAGGAGUCUUACCUGUCGCUGUGGAACAUCAUCAAGUUGCCGUCGAUACGGACGACAAUGUUGGUGCUUCUCACGUGCAAGAUAGCAUUUUCUGCUUGUGACGCUGUCACCAGUUUGAAGCUGAUAGAUGCCGGCGUCCCGAAGGAGAAGUUGGCGCUGAUGGCCAUCCCGAUGGUGCCGCUUCAAAUCAUCCUUCCCCUGGUCAUCAGUAAAUACACAACUGGUCCGAGGCCAAUGGACGUGUUUAUAGCUGCGUAUCCGUACAGGUUGUGCUUUGGUGUGGUGGCAGCAUUCAUAGUGUGGAUUACUCCAAUCUUGGUUCAAGACGGUGUAGUUCCUCUAUACUACUAUGGACUGCUGCUUGUCAGUUAUUGGUUUCAUCAGGUGACGCUGUACUGCAUGUUCGUGGCGGUGAUGGCGUUCUUCGCGCGCGUCAGCGAUCCCGCGGUGGGCGGCACGUACAUGACCCUGCUCAACACGCUGUCCAACCUGGGGGGCAACUGGCCCAGCACGCUGGCCCUCUGGCUGGUCGACGCCCUCACGUCCCGGGGCUGCUCCCAGGAGCCCGGCAACCCGUGCUCCUCACCCGCCCUCGCCCAGGAGUGCACGGAGGCAGGCGGCCAGUGCCUCAUCACGCUCGACGGCUACUACAUCGAGAGCCUGAUCUGCUUCCUGCUGGGCUGGCUGUGGCUGUCCUGGGGGAAGCGCAAGAUCCAGGAGCUGCAGCUGAAGGGCGACAGCGAUUGGCUGAUAACGAAACGUCGCAGUAGGUAAUAUCGGGCCGCCACCGUGUGACCGCACCCCCGCACGUGCGGCCCAAGCAAUUUUUUUUUUUUUUUUACGCGUUUCGACAGCGGCACUGAGUUUGAACCUGCGCACCGAUACGGACUUGCAUCACCUGUGCAAUAAAAAAUGAUUCUUUUUUCGUAGUAGUUUUUUAAUAUGAAAUUGUUUUUAUUUUUAUAAUGUGAUACAUCUAAGGAAAACAAAUUUAUUUAUUGUAGGUAAGUUUUAAAUGUGUGGGUGUUCGAAUAUUGAACUGGCACUUUUUAGUAUCUGAUGUCGGUCUGCUGCUUUUUCUUCCCUUCUAGUUUUUUUUUUUUUUUUUUUAAAUUAAAACGAGCAUAAUUGAUUUUUAUGGUAGACAGAAUGAUAACUCGUCGUGACUCUUAAUGAUUUCAGACCAGAGUAUUUCAGUCACAAUAAAUGGUUGUGAUCAGUGUGCUAGGCUGUUGUGUUUCAUGUGUGUCAGUAUUGUACAGUAACUUAAUGCUUAUGUGAUUGCUUUUGCUGUCUCCAAGGUAGCAGAUGUGUAUUUCACAUUUACACUGUUAAAACUCUAAAGCAAAGUACAUUCUAAGUGUUCAUACAAAUGGCUGUUAGUGCCUGGGAGAUACCUAGUACAGCAGAACCUGUUAUAAUGUUUUUCAAGGUGGCAUAAGGAAAAACAUUAUAUGCAUGUAUGCAGGAAAACUUCAUAAGCAGGAAAUACCAAUUUAGUACUUUACAGAGUUUGAACUUUUUACCAUAGGACUCAUCAACUUACGUAAACAAAUUUAAUGUUAAAACCCUUGAUGGAUACAAUUGAUCCUUGAAUUGGCUUAACCAAGCCAACCAUUUUUUCAUGAUUCUUGACUAUGAUGUUUAGAGUGGGAGAAUGCCUACAAUUUCCAAUUUCUUUGCCACAUGAAAAUGUGCAUUUUUAGGAUUCCUACCUACAAAUUAAAUCAAUUAAACUCUCUAUCAGUAAUAGAAAUACAUUAAUUUUUUUCAUUGUGGAAUAUUCUGCAAACUAAAAUAUUGUACACACUAGAAUGGCAAAGUCUGGAAGUUUUUUUUUUAAGACAAGGGUGCCAACAUACACGUAACUGUGAAAGUUAUGUACAUUCAAUAUAUUGAAUACACAACAUUAUCCUACACCAAUGUGUAGCGCUAGUCUUCUGGCACACUUACAUUUUGAUGUUGCAAUAAUCUACAUCUAUGGUAUUACAGUGAUUGUAAACCAAAAUGUACAUAAAGUGUAAAGUAAACCUUUUAACAUGUUAAAUUUCACAGAACGUGAUAAGUGCUGGAAUAAUUAAGUUUUUAAAACUUUAUUUUUGUUUGCAUUUAUUAAAUUUUUAAAAAAGCAAACGUUUUAAGCAGGAAAUGCAUUAUUCGUGAAUUGUUACAUGCAGAAAAUAAAUACAUUGUCCUUAUUGGGAAAAUGUCAGGACUGUUACUAUAAGUAAGAACAUUAUAACAGGGUUCUACUGUAUUCACUUAGCAGAACUUUGUUCAAAUUGAUGCAUUAUGAGGACAUUAAAUUUAUUACAGUAUGCAAUAUUGCAAGUCAAAUAGUACAUGGUUUAGUGACGACCCUGGCUCUUAAUCUGCACAGACCCAAAAAGUUAUCAGGCUUGCCUCUCAUGAUCUCUACCAAGAAAUUUUAAUAUAAGGGCAUGUCAAUAAGUAAUGCACAUAAUGUGAAAAAAGACUGUAAUGACGAUAUGAAACAGAAAUUCAAGUUUUACCCACUUAUUACUUUUCCACAUGUUGCAUUUUUUUUUUCCAACAAUGGAUAAGUUUUGAAAAUCCUGGCCUCGUAGAACUCUUGUCGGCUGCGAGAAAAACCUCAUUUGCACGGCCCCGUUUGAGUUUGUUGUCAAGAGUCUAACUUCUUACCGCAGAGGAACUUCUUCACGGGUGGAACUUUUCCAGAUGGAAAUCGGAGGGUGCUUUACGCUCCCCCACAGUUGACGAUGUAAUCACUAACACCAUUUUACUGGUGACUGACGAACGCUAUACGUGGAUUCACGAGACCUCAUUUUACUGAUAAUUUUUCUAAUUAAAAAUUGACACGUGCUUUACUUACACUCCCUCGUAUUUUGACUUCCUAAUUUUGGCUGGUGUCUUUUUGGUUCUGUUUUUAGGCAGGAAGGUAGGUAAUCCUGCACAUCUAGCCUGUACUUAAGAUGUUUGUAAUAUGAACCAUGUUAAAGUGCCUCCUAGAUUUGAUGCGUUUUUGUUGAGAACGAUGCAGAAACCAACUACAGUUAGUGUAUUGUUGUUUGCAUUUUCAAUGGAUCCUUAUUGGUGAUUAUUGAAUCGGUUAUGAGUCCAAUUGGCCCGGCUGAACACAAUCUAACUCAAUUACUGUACAUACAAAUCCUCUGAAAUACGAGCACUGCAGCAGUAGAAGAAAAAUUCUGAAAUUGGCACUUUGUUACUUUACUUUAAUUUAGGAUAAAACACCGAUUGAAGAAAUGAGUUCUGAAGUUUUUUAAAUUUAUUCUUUACUGAAAACAAAUGCAGAAAUAUAUUUCAGUGCAUUGCUAAAAAAAAAAAAAAAUUGUAGAUGAACCAAGACUUCACUAAGUUUGAAGAAUUUUUUAAAUAAAAAAAAAUGUUUCACAAUUAAUUACUAACUGCAUGAGCACACCCAUGGUCUCCCUGGGCCAAAAAUUUAGAGUCCUGUUGGCAAAGAAAAAUUUCUAGUUGUAUAAAAUACUGAAAGAGAUUAACAAUGCGGCCUGGCCGUGACUAACUUCAGUAAUUUUCCGCAUUGCAUGCGCUAAAUAUUUUUUUUUUUUGUGUACCACCGAGCGAUGAAACCUACUGGAAUGACUGCUGAGUGCUGAUAAGGUUUGUGAGUGUUACUCUUGAAGUUGUCAAAACAUUUAACUGUAGUGCAUGCUUCAAAAUGAACAUUUAUAAGCAUUUGUACCAACUUCUUAAUGAGUUUGAGGCAACAUCUGCUUGAUGAUCAACGGAUAUUUCGGAGCCCAUGUCAAGAUCUCCUGGUGAAUUGUGUAUUUUUUCACUGUUUGUUGAAAUUAUCACUUACAGAUCACAUGGAAUCACCACAAUUAGCUAUGAAAAUUUAUAUUCUGAUUUUUAGUGAUCAAACAAUUAUUUGGCAACCAAUCCAUGUAUUAAAACAUGAUACUACUUCUCUGGGCCUGCUACCGACUUAGCUUUGCAGAAAUUUGACGUACAAGAAGUGUGUGUGCAAAAAUGUUUGUAUUUUCAUUAUGUAUUAUUCCCUGAUUUGGAUUCUGUUGUUGUCUUAACACUGGUUUGUAGACAUUAAUGUGGCCCCCGAAGAGAAAUGUUGGCUUAGCAAUGCUAGACUGCAAUUGGUUCGCUUAUCAUCUGGAAAACAUACGGGGAUGGUGACUCGCUUGUUAAAUGGUUUGAUGUUUGUGGAAGUAGACUUACAUGAGUCUGCCAUAGAUCAGUGAUGGAUGUACAGUAAAUCCCUCUUAAGAUAAUCCCACUUAAGAAAAUUUCAUGCAUAGUAAAUUUUAAAUUCCGGACCUAUAACUACAUACAAUUUUACCUUUUCCUUCUAAGUGUACAUUUCUAAGUACGUGGAGGAAAAAAAAAUAGAGGCUAAAACCAGACAGCUCUAUACUAGCAACAUAGGCAGUAAUAUGAAAAAUAACCUAGCAGCAAGAGGUGUGACUACAGAAAUAUUUUAUAGAUAAAUAAUUAUAUUAUAUCUUACAUUUCUGGUGUCAAACAAAUAACCAUUUUUAAGAAAUUUGAAGCACUGAAAGUUUAUUUCCCCCCAAAAAUCAGUAUAAUUUUCAAUUAAGUGUUUUUAGAUAUAAGAAAGUUAUAAUGUUGGUAUCAUAUGUGUGAAACAGCUACGUUGUUCGUACUGGGCAUACCAUCUGACAUAUAUCGGACUGACUCGAAAAUAACGCCAGGUUUUCGCACAAAAAUAUUGGAGCUGUCCAGUAUUAGUCUCUUAGCGUGUUUGGAGAAACUUCUUAACGGGUAUUUACCUAGAUUGUGCGCAAUGUGACCUUGUCCACAUGUUUAGCUUUUGGCAGUUGUGGGCAGAUUGUACACCAACGAUGAUCUCUUGCGCAAAAGGCGUGAAUCAGUCAGGAUUACUACAGACAGGGAAAAUCUGUGAAACAGGGAUAACUCAGGGAAUUGAAAAGUUUUCUCAAAAACCUGGAAAACACAGGGAAAUCGAAAAAAUCUUGUGUAGUGUCGUAAUGUCUUUCAACCAUAAAUUUGUAUGCCCUUAAUAAUACAUUAUAACCAACAAUUGGAUGCAAACAUAUUUAUUUGAAGCACAAUCAAAUAUCAAAUUGUUCAAACUUAUAUUUGGUUGUAUUUUUCAAACUGGUAGUGUUGGUUAUGUAAAAAAAAAUUAUGACUGUACAAACUUUGUAUUGUAAGUAAUAGAUCUAUUAUUUACUGGUUUACUGAUGAUACAGGAAAAAAAAAAUGUUAGAACAGGGAAAAACAGGGAAAGGUCAGGAACUUGACUGAAGGAAGAGUGUGAGAACCCUGACCAGUCAAAUUAUUUUUUGGAUGUACAAUUGCAAGAGGUCAAAUUAUUGCAUUACCUCUUAUGUUCCCUGUUUAUUUUAAUACUAAGUGGUGCUGGUUAAAGCUUUAAGCUUGUCUGUAUUGUUUCUAAGAAAUAAUAAUUUUGUUUUUAAAGUAUUUUGAAUUUAUUUCAGUGCUGAUAUUACAGUAUUGUGACAUGUUUGUUUUGAUUCAGUCUGAUUAAAAAGUACAUUCCAUA